AUGUUCACUCUACAUUUGCUCAAGCAGAAGGGAAUCAGUAAGAGAAAGAUUAUCCAAACUCAGGAUGACCCGAUUGGACGUCUCACUCGAUUUAAGGAUGGAAAGCCUGCGACCGUGAACAAUGUCGAAACACAUUCAAAGCAUAUCCCUGCAAUGGACCUCGAACAUGCUUCUCGAGAAAAGGAGGAAGAAGCGGAAGAAGAAAGAGUAGGAAUAUGGGGAUUCACUCGAUCUGAGGUUGAACGAUUUCCCGCUUUGCGAAGGAGGAAUUUCUGGUGUAUACAUCGACAUUCUGCUACAGCUAUGCACUAUGACUUGAGGAUGCAGGUGGAUGAUGGAACUGUCAGUUGGGCUGUACCCAAGGGACUUCCAGGUAUAUCGAAAAAGGGUGAAUCAAGUAGGCUAGCAGUGGAGACUACCAUCCAUCCGAUCAGUUACACUACAUAUGAAGGAGCGGACGGACGAAAUUUCUCAGCAGGUAGAAAAGGUGGUACCUUACUUUGGGAUAUCGGUGAAUAUACCAUCACGAAACCAUCCUCCGCCCUCGAUUCAACUUCGGACGAAGAACGACCAUCUAAACGAAAGAGGAACUCGAGAUCGAAACAGGAUUCAGAAGAAGAAGGCAGCGAAGAUCGAGAUGGAAGAUAUCAAGAAGAUCUUUUCCGUCAAUCUCUCUAUCGGAGAAUUGGAUAUGGGAAGAGUAGGAGUAUACACUUCAUAUUACAUGGAGGGAGGAAGAUGACGAACCAUCACUUCAUCCUCGUGUUGGCAUCUUCGAACAGACAUACUUUCUCAUCUUCAGGUCAAAUCAAGAAAAAUUGGUUUUUGAGAUUACCUCGUGAGGUCGAUGAAUAUCUUUGGGAUCAGGGCGGUGAAGAAGGUGAUUUCUGGGGUAGAAGCGUUAAGACUGAAAGAACUUUGAAAGAAGUCACUGAAGGAUACGUGAAAAGGCCGGAAAGAUGGGAAAGGGAGGAAGAGAGAUUCAAACAUUGGUUUGGCGAUGAAGAUUGA